AUGCGCUCGAGCGAGGUCACGCUCGACGACGUACCGUUCAUACGUGAAAAUUUGCUAAAACGUUCGAAACAGCAGAGCGCCAAUCGUAAAAAAAAGCCGAAAAAACCAAAGUACAACGUAGGCACUCACGUGAGGAUCAGUCGUUAUAAAGCCACGUUCGAGAAAGGAUACACGAGUAAUUUUACGGAGGAGAUAUUCCGAAUCAAGCGCGUAACCCUUCGCCAGGAAAUCUACACGUACGUCCUCGAGGAUUUAAACAACGAAGAAAUCGACGGUUUUUUCUACGGCGAGGAAUUAGCCCCCGUGAGCGACGAACGCCUUACGGGCGAACGAUUCAAAAUCGAAAAAGUCAUUCGCACGAGGGGUAGCGGGGCGCGCAAACAAGCCUACGUCAAGUGGAGCGGCUAUCCAGACUCUUUCAAUCAGUGGAUUAAAUAUUCCGAGUUAACGAGCGUAUAA